AUGACGACUCCAGAGUCGGUUUCGACCGAUCCAUCGGAAUUAGUAGUCGUCCAUGUCGUGGUGUAUUCGGUUCCCGCUAUUGACUUUGGAACCUCAGAGGUAGUAGUGAAAGAACGAACCCGCAGAGUUGGUGCUGAUGAUCACAAUACCAGAGUCGGUUUCGACGAUCCAUCGGAAUUAGUAGUCGUCCAUGUCGUCGUGUAA